AUGCACGCAUGAUGGCGUGUGAUGCUGAUCGUGAUGAUGUGGAUGAGAAAGUAGCGACGAUGCCGAGGCUCACUGCGUCCGGCCCGCACAGUUCAAACCGAAGAAGGUGUGAAGGAGACAAUAAUUGAUAUUUUCAACUUUGAUUCUGAUGCGAAUAACUUUCUAGCUGAGCUCAGCACGGCUGAAGAAGAGCGAAUACAUUAUCGAGUUCGUCCUCAAGCCUCUCCGUAUCCAGGUCACGAGAACAAUCGAUUACGACGGCGUGCUGUGAGAUUUGGAGACGAACCGCGUUGGACAUCGCCAACAUUUACUUCAGGCCAAAAUAAUCAACUAGCCAGUCCACCGAAACCGAAAAGGAAAGAGACGGCAUCGAAAGCCGCUCCAACUCACAACAACUCUGACAUUCCAGCGCCAGCGGAGAAGCACAGGAAGACCGCAAACCCUGCUCGAGAGGCGCCUCGGCUUCUUAGUACGUGUGCCAUGGCUAACGGUCCACCGUCGGAGCAUAGACAAUAUCCCUACCCCAAUGCGUAUGCUGAAUCGGCGAAGUGGCUGCGGCAGCGGACCGGUGAUCAUGCAUUCACCAAUCACCUACUGGAGUGCAAGAAAUCCCACGAAGGAGAUGUGGACUUUCGGGGUCGUCCGCCCAUCCCAGACGAUCACCACGGGGUGACAGUAACGUAUCCACGCCAUGCUGAGACACUCGCGUCGCUUGGCUUGGACCCACUACCCGGGGAAGGCGAGCAUGCACAGAGGAGGCCAGUUGCAUAUAGGCCGCCAACACCGUAUCAACACAAACCCACAGCAAACGACUUUGGCUGGUCGGAGGAAGAGCGAAUGGCACCACCUGAGCCUCAACAACCGCAGCCUAUUAUCAAAAAGCCGAGAGAUGCCGAGGCGGUGAACAGGCACCGCUUCGUCAGCGCUCCCGUCCGCCCUAGCACUGGCAAAGUCGUACUGGAGCGGAGGAAACCCGGCACAGCCACCAGCUCCAGCAUCGGACAGCCGGCGAGAGAGCCGCGACAUGUCCGAUUCAGGCUGACACCAGAGGUGCAUACAUUCGACGGAGCAUCGGAAACCCAACAAAUUAAUGACAUGCAUGACAGGGCAGAGGAGAGUAUCGCUGGCCACAGUGGACUGAGUGGAUGGUCACCAACACUGACUUCUUCUUCUCCUACUUCGAGAAGUGCCGGUAUAUACGCAGAGCCACAAGUAAGCAUGGAGACGAAGACGGCGUUGCAGCACACUGCGGCCGGUCGGGCCAGUCGGGGUCAGUUAGAGAGGACGGCAUCAUCGUCCAAGCCCCACAAUACCAGCAGGGAUGUACUGACAACAGCACCAAGAGAGGGCCAUUAUCACCCAUGGCCGGCGAGGGAAGGCGAGCCCGAGGUCCACAGGGAACUGUUCGGCGGUGGGUCGCUUGCCCCUUUCCAAAAUGGCAAGGGACUGCGACAGUGGGCACACGACCUGUUUGAGAGGAACUACAAGCAGAGGUUCACGCUCAAGCUGGAUCAUGAGCUAAGGGUGACGCGUGGCCAAGCAACACACAGCUACUUUGAAGGUGUGAUGGUCGGUGAUACACGGGACGGGCCUGGCCUGGAUAUCACAGACCGUGGAGAUAUUUUCUUGGGCCAGUAUAAGAAGGGCAGGCGCACAGGUGUCGGUAUGUAUGUGUGGGUGGACACAAACACGGCUUUCCUUGGACAGUACCACGACAAGAGUAGAACUGGCAGGGGAGUUCGCUGGGAUCACAAUCGACCACAUCUCUUCCAGGGAGAGUUCACACGUGACCAAGCAAUGGGACCUGGAGUAGGUACAUACGGGACUGGACGGCAGGAUGCCGGUGUGUGGCAAGGCGACAUGCUGGAAGAACUAGAGUUCCCAGUGGCCACACAGCUUAUCCAUCUACCACUGGCCAACAUGAAAGGUAGAAAGUGCACCGGCUGUCACCUCGAUGACAUCACAACGAACGACAAGAUGAUUGAGGAGAUGACGACCGUGUUUGAAAAGUUUCAGCCGCAACAGCUGACGUCCAUCCUGGUAGUGGAUAUGCUCCGAGAACGAUUUGGAGACAUAGCAACAGCCAUUGAAAUAUGCCCAACGCAUUCUAACUACUGCCUGAAGUAUAAGCCCUACGAUAAGGACCCAUUGGAAGGGAUUACGAAUCCAGACAACCUGCACGAGCUUCGCAAUAAGAUUAAUGCCCAGCGGAAUCGACAGGCGUCAGCCGGCGAUAUAGACGUGGCCGGAGAGCGUUGGUAUCGGGCCGAGAACGGCUCAGUGGACUCACAUCACUAUUGGGACAUCAGCAGGCAAUGGUCACCAGCCGAUUAUGUUAAAGAAGUGUGGCGCAUGAAGAUGGGGGAUCGAUACAGAUGGAAAAAAUUUAAAUUUGACACUGCGGUCCAACCCGAGUGUAAACGGCGUGGUAAAAUUCCAGGCACGGACGAUGCCAAGAAAGAACUGCGCCUCCGUCCUGAGCGCUUCAAGUUCUUCAUCGACUCUCCGGCACGCUUGGUUGUGGACGGCUUUGUACUGGAGCACGGUCGCCCUGCACCGCCUGGUCCAUUGGUGAUGGCUGCUGUUGACUUCCUGCUCUCUGCGUGGAAUGGAUUCGGAGUUCAGCUACAGAAGUGGCUUGAUUAUCGGCUGGUUUGUGCGGAAGUCAUUGAUCGUCACAACCAUGCCGCACUAUUCCUUGCUAGCGUACGCGGUCAUCUACACUGUGUGCAAACUCUGCUGCUGAAAGGAGCAAAGGUCAACCGGGUAACUCUUGCCGAUAUGACCCCGUUUUCUGCCACGUUUCACGUCAUGACGUGCCUGAACGGGUUUGUGACACGCGGAUCGCCACUGGGCAUGGACGGGGAUUCCCCGUUGAGAUACAUACCCCAUGCGCUGGGUGGUAAUGGAUUCCGACGACCUCCGUCCUCUAUCCCCAAUGACAAGUCCAUCGCCAUAGAUACGAGCCGCGGCGAGAUACCGGCCUACAAAUCGGACACGGGAGAGCCGUAUUCCUGGGACACGACCGACUACAUCAUCAAUGCCGAUGAGCUGGCUCUGGUGCACUUACCGGGAUACGCGCGACUGAUGGGGAAAUCCCCAGACACUGUCCGAAAGAAGAUGGCCGAAGCCAAGGAGAAACAAAUCAUGGAGGAGGAGUAUGCAAGGAAAAGCGAACAGAAGCUAGAACGGGAGACGCAGCCACCGAAACCUGCUAAGCCCAGUAAAGCGCUUAGAGCUAGUAAGGUUAAAAAGUCGUAUAAGAAGAGUAGGAAGGACCCCGUUGAGGAGAAGAAGGUGCCAAAGAAGGUUGAGCUGGCCCCCCGGAAGAUCACCGUUGACGAUGUGAAAAGACACAAUCCCCGUCGUCGUAUACCCAGCUGGGAUCGUUGGGCAUUGGAAAGCGAUAGUGAUGAUCACCUGCCGACCAAGUCACCCGGCGAUAAAUACCUCAGACUGGUAUGCAGCUCAAGGACAGUUCCGAGAGAGUUUGCUGGCAGUCAAAAGCAGAGGUUGAAGUGGUGCGUUGACUUGCUGCUGUUGCGUAACGCAGACGUGACCCUUGUCCAGCAGCCGGAACCUGUUGUGAUGUGUGCUAUCAAGUCUGAAGACACGGCCAUUGUGCGACUGGUGGUGGCAAAGGGAGCUGAUUGUGAUUCGCAGUUGUCUCCUGACAAUGGUGACAUCACCGCCAUGCACUACGCAGCCAAUAUGAACACAGCAUUUGGCUGCAAUAUCCUCUGGAACCUGCUGCAGUCCGGGUAUGACCCAAACUGCAAAACCGAGUACAGCCCUAUCUGCAGGAGAGAGACGGACAAACAGGCGGAAGCACGGAUGAGAAAGUUACACAACGCUUCAGUAGAUCAUGUUCAUGUGGCUGUGCUGGACCCUUGUGAUUGGAGUGACAUAGAGAAGGUCAGCGAGCGGCGUAUGCCAAUGGACACUGCACUGAUGGCAGUACCACGCGGUUGGACACCGCUGCAUCUAGCAUGUGCUCACCGACACAGGAAUAAGUGGCCAUACGCUCUAAAGAUGGUGAAGGACCUGCUAAAGCACGGUGCCUGUCCAGACGCGCUAACUGAUUCGGGACAUUCACCUCUCUCGCUGGCUCUGAACCGCGGCAAUGAUGGGAUUGCAUUUGCUCUCCUGGAAGGCGGUGCUUUACCUAACCUUCGACUCGGCACCGGUAUCUGCAGUGCCAUCUGUCAACUGAUGACCGGACCCAGCCUCAGAACACGCUCUAACAGCCAAGUGGACAAAGUGAUGAACCAGUUUCUCAAGGCCGGUGUCAUGCUAGUGGGAACGCUGGACAUCACACGCAGAAUGCAGGGAUCGUUCGUCGACUAUCUUAUCUUCAUGUAUGAGAGGGAGAGAAAGAGAUGCAGACUGCUGCUGGGGGAUAAAUAUUCCGAUCGGGAUCUGUACUUUCGCUUUGAUCAUGUGCGAAGUAUCCUGACACAACUUGGACGGAGUCAUAUUUCAAUCAUCGAGGCGAAUAACUACGCAACAAGUAUCAUUCAGAGAUCAGAAGACCAGAAGAGAUUGGACAAGCGACGUGAAGCUAUUGACCAGCUGCACGCUGCAGAGCGGCAGAGGCAGCGCAAGGACUCGCACACGAUGCUGCGCAAGGAUGACCCCGACUACAUACGAUCGUUGGCCAAAGGCGUGAACAAGAAAGUCUUGCUGGAUAUACCCAAGGAGCAAUGGCCACUCCUAGCCACUCCGGGUAUGAAGCCUAUACCAGCGAAUGUCCGCGAUAUCUUCCUGUCCCGACCUGAAGAAGGCGAAUGCAGCAGUGAGGGAAGUUCCAGCUACAGUCCUGAACACAGUACUUCACCGCGCCAAUCAGCCACACGCAGGGGAAGUGAGCAAUUGCAGACAACACGCCGCAGAUCCAGCAACGCAGCUACUGGUACCGGAAACGGAGCAGACAAGAACAAAAAGUCUCGUUCUUCCGUGUUUUAUGACUCGCUGGAGUCGUCGAAUGAGCAAGAUGGUUUGGACAAUGCAUCCGAUGUUGAUGCCACACACAAGUCUCAAUCUGGCGUCGGCUUGGCCGGGCAAGCACACAUCGCCCCGCGACCAACGACAACCUCUAACACUACCACCAGUGCAACCCAUGCACAGGUCCGUCGGUAUUCCCGUCCACGACGACAACCAUCGGCAAGCAGGGACGGGUACAGGGAAAGCAGUGAAUCGGAGGGCAGUGAUCCAAACAGAGAAGUACUCAAGGCACAUAGGAAGAGUAUCCCCGCCGCUGCUGCUGAGCAUGACAGAAGCAGUUAUGCUGGCCGCAGUCGCUCUGCACCACAUCAUACACGAGAUGGCAAAGUCAACGGACGCUCGGGUUCAGUGAAAGUCCACGGCCGGGAAGACACAUUCCCCUCUGAGUCAGAGUCAUCACAGGAGAGUACAGCAAGCAAUAUGCCUGACCAGGCCAAGCUGACGCUGGCUACACGCUCGGAGAUACAGAGAAAGCCACAACCAUCACAGCCACCCCAUGGUGAGCCCCUGUUGCCCGAGGACAGCUCACUAUUCGACAAGCAGUGCUACCACUGUUUCAAGGUGCCUUGUGGAAAGGCGCUGACUGCAUGCUUCGGCUGUGGAAUUGUCAAGUACUGCAGUAAAGAUUGUGUAUAUGACGACUGGUACAAAACCGGACACUCAAAGGAAUGCUUCGACCGAAGAGUUCUUGAAGCUGCUUAUCUGGACAUGACGCCGGAUGAGAGAAGAGCAGCGAAGUACCAGCUACUGGAAAAUGCUCACUACAAAUACUCCAUAAUGGCGCAGACUGACACACCGGAAGGAAAGGCAAUCGGUGCUAUCCUCCAAGCCGAGAAAGUUGGCUUACAGGCAUCAGCAGUAAAGCAUACACAGAGAGAACGCCUAAAGCAAAACCGCCUCAGCCUGCGCACGGUCGCCGGACUUCGCAAUGUAGACAGGACGAGACCCCCAGCUCGGAGAAGUGCAGCAAACACCCAACCAGCAUCACAUACCACCACCAGACCACGUACCUCACAGCCGGUCGCACAAAGAGCCUGCACAAUGGUACCACCACAGCCGACUCGGCCCCAUGAAUUCGAACUCAGAAUGGAGGAAAUACGCGCACAAUCUGCCGUUCAGGCGUACAAGGCUCGGCGGAAAGCCGAAGCGGCAAGGGCUGGAUCAUCACGCCUUGUAGCCCGGCCACGCACAACACAGCAGAGUGAACGCACUGGAAGUGCAGCACCUGCUGCUGCUGCAGAGAGGCCUGUGACGACAACAUCCCAGAAGUCAUCAAGCGCCGUGUCGAGAACUACACCAACUUCAGUAACGCGGGGCGUACUGCGUUCAUUCGGUUCACAGGCAACCGGCGGCCGGAGUACUAGUACUACUGCUGCACCUCCAGCCAGAUCCGCAAGCAUGCAGACAAGACCUGGCCCGCCACCUGCACGUCCCGGCAUACAAGUCUCUCUUCUCGGAAGUUCGCACAAGCAACCUGAAAAGCCAAGGUGGAGAUAACAUGAUGACGGAACUGGUGCAGCUCAAGUGUAUUUCGGCUGCAUACCAACAAGACUGUGAAGUUUGGCUACAAACAGCAGCACGGAGACAAGCAGUCGAUCCUCUCGCCAUGUCAUUCAGAAGUGCUGUGACCGACCUCUGUAUGUCUGCCAGCCAGUCUGUCAGCCAACAGAAUUACACGAACAAAGUACCAAAGUAAACCGUGGUCUUGCUACAGGUAUACAGUUGUACAACCCAAUACUGGUUCAAACUGACCAGUAUUAGAUAAACCUUGUAAUAGUUCACGCAUAUUGUUAGAUUGACAGCAUGAAACAAUAGGUAUACAGUUGUACAGUGUUGCGCAGUGCUGUACAGGUGUGGCGUUUUACAACAGUUCUACCCGUAUUAUAGAGUUAGUCUUGCUCCAGUGCAGUGCAGCAGUGCACAGUGCUGCCAAGUCACACCUACAUGUAUCUGACUCAUGAGCAUCCUGUAGAGUCUGUCAUGCUCAGCUGAUUGGCUCACUGCACUGUCUUGUCACCCAGCUUGUGUACACGAGAGUCAACAAUAGUGUGCAUGUCAACAAUUUUAUUACAAUGCCGUGCCUGUUACAACAUAUAUUAUAAAUAAUAUAAUACAAGUAGUCUUCUGAACAAAGCAUGUGACACUUGAUCCAAUGUGAAUCUACUAUCUAUGUGUUCCAAUGUAACGUUACAUGUACAGUGUAUGCUUAAUAACAAUCCAUCUGGUGGGGUCAGGUGUAGCUGCUGCGACAGCUGUACACCAGGGAGUCAUACAGUGACCCGAAUCAGGUUUGGGUCACUGUUACAGUCUGUAUGACUGACUCC